AUGGCGACCGCAGCGCUGCUACCGCUGCUGUUGCUGCUGCUGCCGCCCCCCACCGCCCCCGCGCCGCCCGCGCGUGAUCCCUUUGCCCCGCAGCUCGGGGACACGCAGAGCUGCCAGCUGCGGUGCCGCGACCGGGACCCCGGCCUGCGGCCCUCGCAGGCAGGGCCCGUGAGCCCCUCUGAGUUGCCGUAUGACAGGGCGGUCCUGGUCAGCGCCUGUGAGCGAGGCUGCCGCCUCUUUUCCAUCUGCCGCUUUGUGGCCCGGAGCUCCAAGCCCAACGCCACCCAGACCGAGUGUCAAGCAGCCUGCGUUGAGGCUUAUGUGAAGGAAGCAGAGCAGCGGGCCUGCAGCGAGGGAUGCUGGAGCCAGCAGCUGGAGCCAGAGGCUGAGCCAGACUUGGAACAGAAGAGGAAAGGUCUGGAGGCUCCCAGUGGAGCACUUUCCCUCCUGGAGCUGUUCUCCACCCUCUGCAGUGACUUUGUCAACUCAGCCCAGGGCUUUGUGUCCUCCACAUGGACGUACUACCUGCAGACGGACAGUGGGAAGGUGGUGGUGUUCCAGACGCAGCCUGUAGUGGAGAGUCCUGAGCCCGAGGGGGCGCACCUACAGCGAGUGGAGGUCACCUGGAGAGGAUCCCACCCUGAAGCCCUGGAGGUGCAUGUGGACCCCAUGGGCCCCUUGGACAAGGUGAGGAAAGCCAAGAUCCGAGUCAAGACCAGCAGCAGCAAGGCCAAGGCUGAGUCCGAAGAGCCCCAGGACAACGACUUCCUCAGCUGCAUGUCCCGGCGUUCAGGGCUGCCUCGAUGGAUCCUGGCCUGCUGCCUCUUCCUGUCUGUGCUGGUGAUGCUGUGGUUGAGCUGUUCUACCCUGGUGACUGCACCUGGCCAGCACCUCAAGUUCCAGCCCCUGACGCUGGAGCAGCACAAGGGUUUCGUGGUAGAGCCGGAUUGGCCCCUAUACCCCUCCCACCCCUGUGAGGACAGCCCCCCACCUUACCAGCUGAAGCUGGACUUCACCAAACUGUAG